GUCACCGGAGCGGAGUGUCCCGCAGCAUCCCUGUGCCUCCUGAACGCAUCCCACCAUCCCGGCUCUGCCUGGCCCCUUUCCCCGCCGCAUGGGUCUGCGUGCAGGGCUGGGAAGGCGGCCCAGUGCCUCCAGGAGAAGGAGGAGGAGGAGGAGGGGUGGGGAGAGGCCAUGCCGGAGCUUUGCCAGAUGUGGGAAAGGAGAGAAGGGGGGACGCCUUUCCCGCUGCUUCCCAAGCCUUAUGGGGGACCCCGUUCCCCAGCACGCAGCCAGGGCAGGAAUGGCUGGGAUGCCACCACUCUCCCCAGUUGAACGGGACAAUUUUGGGGUGAUCCCGGACCCCCCGUGUGGGUUGGGGGGGGCGGUGGGUGUCGCUGGCGACCCCCCCGCUCUCGCCCCCCACCAAUCCCGCAUUGUUCCCGGCUCGGCGGGAGGAGGAGGAGCAGGGCCAAGGGCCAGCGGGAAGGCAGGCAGGAAGGCGGGCGCCGGGACGAGCUGGAGCCGCCUGUCAUGUUGGUGGAGCUGCUCUUCCAAGCUGCCUGUGUGUCCCUGUUCCUCUCCAGCGGCCAGGGCAGGGUGUAUCCCGCGAGGAAGAAGCCAGCCAGCUUUGCCGUGGAGAGGCGCCGCGUGGGGCCCCACGUCUGCUUCCUGGGCUCUGGUAGCAGAUGUUGUCCCGGCUGGAUGCUGUCUCCGGGCAGUGGGAAGUGCACCCUGCCGCUCUGCUCCUUCGGCUGCGGCAGCGGCUCCUGCAUUGCUCCCAACCUUUGCAUGUGCCCGGAUGGAGAGCAGGGAAUCACCUGCCCAGAGCCAUCAGAACCAUGUGGGGARUACGGCUGUGACCUGUCCUGUAACCACGGCGGCUGCCAGGAGGUUGCCCGCGUGUGUCCCAUCGGCUUCUCCAUGGCAGAGACGGCCAACGGCGUCCGCUGCACCGACAUUGAUGAGUGCUGGAGCGCAGCCUGCGAGGGGACGUGUGUGAACACAGAGGGCGGAUUCGCCUGCGAGUGCAGAGCCGGCCAGGAGCUCUCUGCUGAYCAYCGCAGCUGCCAGGACACAGAUGAAUGCCAGGCCAUGCCCUGCCAGCACCGCUGUGAGAACAGUGUGGGCAGCUACCGCUGCUCCUGCCGGCCCGGAUACCACCUCCAUGGGAAUCGGCAUUCCUGCGUGGAUGUGGAUGAGUGCCGGCGGCCGGGUGCACGCCGCUCCUGCCAGCACAGCUGCCACAACACUCCUGGCAGCUUCCGCUGCUCCUGCCGCCCCGGAUACCGGCUCAGCGCGGACAGGGUGUCCUGUGAAGGGUAUCSCAAAUCCAUCCUGGCCCCAUCGCCCAUCCUGCAAUCCCUGCAGCAUCCGCCCACGCUUGUCCUGCUCCCUCCCGGUUCCCACCUGUUCCUGAGGGGCUCCUCCUCUCCCCAUCUCCCUGUGGCAGCUCCUGGUACCCAAUUCCCUCCCUCCUCCCCAUCUUUGUCCCCUGAGCCACCCCCACACGGUGCCCCCGGCACCUCCAUCCCACCAUCCCCUCAUUGCUGGCACCGGGGGAUYCCUCGGGAGCCCGGCACUCGCUGGACAGAGCCGGGAUGCCGGAGCUGCACCUGCCAGGGCGGGCGAGUCCUCUGUGACGCUGUGAGUUGCUCUGUUCCCUGCUCCCAUCCGCUUCCUGCUCCAGCUGGGGGUUGCUGCCCCACCUGCACGGGGUGCCUGCAUGAGGGGGUGGCCAGGGCAGAGGGCGAUGUCUUCUCCCCAUCCGAUGGGAAUUGCACCGUCUGCGUCUGCUUGGUCGGGAAUGUCUCCUGCCUCUCYCCAGAAUGCCCCCCAGGAUCCUGCCCUGGCCCCUCUCUGGCCGACUGCUGCUCCUGCACUCCAGAAAAGUGCAAUUUCCGGGGACGCACAUAUGUGCACGGAGCCCGGUUCAGCCUGGAUGGGGAUGASUGCACCACCUGUGUCUGCCAGGGAGGAGAGGUGGAAUGUUCAUUCACUCCCUGCCCCGUGCUGGAUUGUCCCCAGCACCAGUGGCACCUGGGUCCUGGGCAGUGCUGCUCCACCUGCCGGGACCCUCCGGCCCCUGCUGGUUGCUUCCUGGAUGACAAUGGUGUGGAGUUUCCUGUCGGACAGAUCUGGUCUCCGGGCGAUCCCUGUGAGUUAUGCAUCUGCCAGGCAGACGGCUCCGUGAGCUGCCAGCGCACGGAUUGUGUGGAGACGUGUCCUUAUCCCAUCCGCAUUCCCGGGCAGUGCUGCCCCGACUGCUCUGCAGGCUGCACCUACAUGGGGAGGAUCUUUUCCAACAACGAGACCUUCCCGUCRGCGCUGGAUCCCUGCCUGAGCUGCAUCUGCCUGCUGGGCUCAGUGGCCUGCUCGCCUCUGGAAUGUGCCAUCGUCUGCUCCUACCCCUUCCACCCUGAAGGCCAGUGCUGCCCCAUCUGUGAGGACUGCAACUACCAGGGCAGGAAGGUGGAGAAUGGCCAGAGCUUCAUUCCCGAGGAUCAGCCCUGUACSCGCUGCACCUGCCAGCUUGGAGAGGUGAGAUGUGAGGAGACCCCCACGCUGCCUGUGGGCUGCUGCCCAUCCUGCCCAGCCACAGACAUCCAGCUCCCACUACAGGGCAGUGAUCUGUCCCCAUUCUCAUUCCCAGCCUCAUCCCAGUCCCCAUCCCCAUCUUCAUCCCAGUCCCCAUCCUCACCCUCAUCCCAGUCCCCAUCCUCACCCCCAUCCUCAUCCCAGUCCCCAGUCCCUGAAGAUUCACCCCCUGGCAUAUCUCACCCCCCCCGCCACCGCCUGGCCCAGCUCCUGCUUCCCACCACAUUCCCCCUUGGCCCCUUUCCGGGGAUUUGGGGGGCUGGGAAGCCCCCUCCAACCACUCCAAGUCCCUCCGGAUACUCCUCGGCACCCACUGUGGCCCCCGACCCGCCCUGUGAGGCCACAGCUCCCCCUGAUGCCACGGGCAGCCCUGAGGCUCAGGGAUCCCCCAGGAAUGAGGAUCCCUCUGCAACACCAUCGGACAGCCCCAGGUUCCAGAUGCCAGGUGUGCCUGGAAUACCGUGAGGAGGAGGAUGAAGGAAAGGAGGAAAAGAGGGUCUGCAGGACCAGCAGGCCUGGCCCUGGGGUGGGGGUAACUAUCCCCCUGCCACCAAUAAAGUCACUCUGGUAUUUAUUCCCUGUCCCUUCUUCCCUGCAUCUGCCAGCACAUGGAGCCCCAAGGCUUGUCCUCUAGGAAUUUUGGGAUGAGUGGCUUCCCAGGAUGCCGAGGGCAGUGCUGGAGGUGUUCAGCCCCCUCACCCUGUGUGGGGUUUGGAGACAGGAGAAACAUGUUCUGCCCCAGGUCCCCAAGGCAGGGAGCUUUCCAGGAAUGAGGGUUUCCAAGGCUGGGAAUGAGCACAUCCAGGCUCCCAUCCUGGGGGCACAGGGACAUCCUUUGGGGGGUCCAGCUAAGAGUGGCAACAGGGACCACCCCGCAUUCCCAGGCACAUGGUGGCCUUUCCCAGAGAGACACGGCACAGAGAGGCUUCUCCACA